GAUGGCGCCGUGUUAACAGCAACUUUAUUACGCUCUAAUCCUUUAUUAUGUGCUGUGCUUAAGGCUUGAACUUCUAUGCUUAAUUUUCUAUAUAACUUGUAGUGGAAUCUUAACACAUCCUUUUAAGUCUGUUUUAACAUUUAUUGGGACCCUCCUUGCGUUUAUUUUAAUUAGUUUUUUUUCUACGCCUGUGUGAAGUAAGCUUGCGCCGUUGAUACUACCAUGGAAGAAAACAUGGAUUUAGCCUCUGUUGAGGCUUCUGCAAACAACGAAAAUCUAAAGGUACACAACUACUCAAGACGUCUUGAAGAUACUUUUGGGGGCCUUCCCGACACUCCUAGUAAGUCCCCUGCUCUGAAGAAACCUCGUUCUAUUGCCUCCGACUCGGUCUCUAAUUCUGUGCUGCUAGCGGCGAUCGAAAAGGUUAGCAAGCUACAAGAAGAGUCUUUGGUAAAACUGCAUUCAGUCGAGGCAUCGGUGAAAGAUAACACUGCUUCGAUCUGUAACCUCACCUGCUCGCUUGAAUCUAUUAACAAGCAGGUGGAGGACGUGACGGAUAAGGUGCUUUCUCUGCAAGCUAAAGUUGUGAAGCUGGAAAAGGAAAAUAAAGCUCUUAAUGAGAAAUGCAGCGGUUUGGACAGUUACAAGCGCAGAUGGAACCUCCGUGUAGCCGGGAUACCUGAGCACGAGGGGGAAAACGUCAAAAUGGUCGUCAUUGAGCUGUUCAGGAACCUUUCUCCACACUCCGCGGAGAAACUGCAGGACAUGGUCGACAUCGCGCAUCGGCUUGGUCCUAAGUCUGGAAACACCACUCCGCGACGGAUCAUCGUUCAGUUUUUAUCCCGCACUUGCCGAGAUGCAAUUUGGGCGGAAGCAAAACGUUCUGAGCUGUUGAAACAGAAGAAAAUUCGGAUCUUGGAAGAUCUUACGCAGGAAGACAAAGAAGCGAGAAACAAACUUUGGCCACUCGUUGAAAAGGCAAGAAAGGAAGGAAAGAAAGCUGGGUUUAACGGGCCCGUUGCCUUCAUUAACGGGAAGAGAAUUUCUGUUUACGAUAUUUAAUAUGCCCCUUAUUUUGUAUUUUGCGAAAUGGGAAGGUGAAGUGUUUUUUGUUUUUUGUUUUUUUGGGUCCAUAACGGAGUGUGUUGACUUUCCUAAUUGAUUUGGGAGUUCGAGCCUUAUAAGCUCCGCAUAUCUUCUAAGAAGCAUAUUUAGUUUCUUCUGUACUUGUUCUGACAGUCGUAUUAGGCUACUCAAAAGAGUUUGAGUUCUGUUUUUAUGUUUAGUUCACAUUUCUCAUGUUUCUCUUUGAAUGUUCGGGGGCUACGUGACUUAAACAAGCGAAAAGCUUUAUUCUUGUUUUGUAAAUCUGUUAAAAGGGACAUAUAUUUUUUGCAAGAGACGCAUUCUUGUGUAAACGAUGAAAAAUUCUGGCGUAAUCAGUGGGGGAGCUCUAUUUCUUUCUGUCAUAACUCAAGUUCAUCAGGUGGGGUCGCUAUAUUGCUUAAUAGUGGAUUUCAAGGAAAGGUUAUAGAAACGCUUUCUUCAGGGAUUGGAAGGUGGGUUAUCUCAGUUGUUCACUUGGACAGCAAUUUUUUUAUAAUGAUUAACAUAUAUGGGUUCAAUAGUUCUGCAAACAACAAAACUUUACUUGAUAGUAUAGUCAUUCAUAUAAAUAAUUUAAAACUUAAAUAUCCCUCUGCUUUUAUUUUAUUUGGUGGCGAUUUCAACGAGGCACCAGACUUAGUUGCUGAUAGAUUCCCACCAAGACAUGUAUCUAAUAGCGUCAACCCCCUGAUUGCAAAUCUCUGUCAAUGUCUGAACCUGAUCGAUGCACAUAGAUAUUUACACCCCGAUACACACAUGUUUACUUGGUUUAAGUCAGAUUUUUCUCAAAAAUCACGUAUAGACCUGUGGCUGAUGUCAGACUCUUUAAUUUCUUUUUUGGUAUCAGCAGAAAUUUCACCCUCACCUUUAACUGAUCAUGCAGUGAUUAACAUAACGUUAUCGGAUGAUAAAUCCAAGCGAAGAAGAAAAAUGAACCCUGGGUACUGGAAGUUAAAUUGCUCCUUUUUACUCUCUGAAUCAUAUUGUCAAGAGAUUGAGAAAAUCGCAGAGAGUGUUAAAUCUCAGGCUAAUACCUCGGCUAUUUCGAAAUGGGAGCUAUUUAAAUAUGAAUGUAGGAGAUUUUCGGUUAAAUUUGGAAAAAAUAGAAUGUCUGUUAAAAAUAAGGAAAUUGCAAACUUAAUUAAAAAAAUAAAUGAAAUUUUACAGAACCCUAACCUUAGUGAGGAGGAUAAGGAAUCUCUUUAUACUUCACAAGCCUGUCUGGAUGAUCUCUUUCUAGAAAAAGCAAAGGGUGCUUUUAUUAGAUCGAGGUCAAAAUGGCUUGAGUUUGGAGAAAAAAAUUCUGCCUACUUCUUCAACCUUGAGAAGAAACGCGGCAGUAAUAAAAAAAUCUCUUCUCUGUAUAUUAAUAAUACGUUAUCUAAUGAUUCCUCUGUGAUUUCUUCCCAUGUUUCUAAAUUUUAUCAAAAUUUGUAUACCUCCACUUUUGACCCCAACGCUUCAUCUUUGUUUUUUCAAAAGAUUCAAUCUGUUAUUCCUAAAAUUAAUGACCAAAACAGAAAAAAAUGUGAGGAUCCUUUUAAUAUAGAUGAUCUUUAUAAUAUAGUCAAAAGAAUGCCUAAUAAUAAAUCCCCGGGGCCAGAUGGCUUACCCUUUGAAUUUUUUAAAGUCUUUUGGGACUCUAUAAAAAAUCUUCUUUACGAUGCCCUUAUUGAGUGUUCAAUGAAAGGUGAAUUGGCAGAAUCUAUGAAACAAGGUCUCAUCUCUCUUAUACCCAAACCUAAUAAGGAUAACAAAUUUUUAGAUAAUUGGCGCCCGAUCACCCUUUUGAACUCUGAUUAUAAGUUAUUGGCUUCUGUAUAUGCUGAAAAGCUUAAGCCUUGUUUGGGAGACAUAAUUUCUGACUCUCAAUCUGGUUUUCUAAAAGGUAGACAUAUCUCUAAUAAUAUUAGAUUAAUUUUAGAUAUUCUUGAUUAUUCUGAUUUUAUAAACAAAGAGGCUUUAAUUUUGUUUAUCGACUUCUAUAAAGCUUUCGAUACAGUUGAGCACUCUUUUAUUUUUGAAGCCCUUUCUAAGUUUGGUUUUGGUAGUUCUUUUAUUAAUAUGAUUCGUACUCUUUAUAAUGGUAUUAACAGUUGUGUCUCCUUAGCUUCCGGCACUUCUCCCCGAUUUUCAGUGGGUCGAGGUAUUCGCCAGGGAUGCCCCAUAUCUCCUUUUCUAUUUCUAUUGGCUGCUGAGCUUCUAAGUUUGUAUAUAAAACACUCAAAUAUUGAGGGUAUAAAUAUUGGAGAGAACACUUUAAUAAUUAGUCAGUUAGCUGAUGAUACUUGUCUCUUUCUUAAAAAUGAUUCACAAGUCUCUGGCGCCCUAAGCAUUUUUAAUCUUUUCUCCAAAGCUUCUGGAUUGGUGGUAAAUCCUACGAAAAGUGAAAUUUUGUAUGUGCAUGAUUCAGAUAAAGUUUCUGUUGAUGGUAUUAAAGUUAAACAGCAGGUAAAAUACCUCGGGGUCGAUAUUUGCAAAUCAGGUUCAGAACGUCUUCACAUCAAUUUUCAACCAAGGAUAGAUAAAACCAAAAAAAUACUAUGUUGCUGGCUGCAGAGAGACUUGACAAUUUAUGGGAGAGUCCUGCUGUCUAAGGCUGAGGGCAUAUCUCGCCUAGUUUACCCUGCUCUUUCCCUAUAUGUUGAUAAAAAAACGAUUAAAUCUAUUGAUUCUCUGCUAUUCCGUUUCAUUUGGAAAAAUAAAACAGAAUGCAUUCAAAGAAAAUCUUUGAUAAGAAGUUACAAGGAGGGUGGUCUUAACGCUUUAGAUUUUCAAACUAUUAACCAGACAUUCAAAAUUAACUGGAUUAAGUA